GGAGCAGAAAGAAGCAGCAGCUGGACAGUUGAAACAGUUUAAAUGAUGAAAACGUAUACAAAACGCUUAUAUUCGCCGCGUUAGUCAAUUCGCCGAAAGCACAUCACACACACACACACACACAGGGACAUAUGCGUAGCUGCAGAAAAUUUUUUGCCUCAUUCGUGGUCCUGUAAAAGUCGACAAGGACGUGUACAACAGAGCUAAGGAAAAUUCUGAGCAAAAAAAAAGGUGAAAUUGAGUUGAGAAAAACACUUUGCCUGGCGCCUGCAACUAAAUGAAUAAUUGAAUUGAAUCGGGCGAGACAAACGCGCGUGAAACGCUGAAUAAUUGAUUGAAUAACCCGUAAACAAAAAAGCGCUAAAUUCUAACAGCAGGCAGCUGGCAGCGGGCAGCGGAGACUCUAACCCAGUGCCAAGGCUAAACUUUCCCAGUGCUGCACGCCACAGACCCCGAAACCAAUAGCCAAACAGGCAGUGCGAAAAAAGAAAAGAAAAUAGAGCGAAAAAGCAAACUCGCAGCCACAAUAUCGAUUUGUGUAUAUGUGUGAAAAAUAACAGUAAAGAGCUUACACCCACGCGCGCACGCACACCCACACACACACACAGUCCGCACACGUCAACAAAAACAACAACAGCAGUUGGUCACAGGGAACAGCCGCAGCACUUAAGGAAUUACCCCAGGAUCUGCAGGCAUCCGGCGUAAUCCCAGCCCACUCACACACACCCACACACACACACACAGUUACACAUAGCCAGCAGCAGCUGCAACAAUAAGAAGGAAAAAAACAGCAACAACAAGAACCGUAACAACCUCAAGACUAAGUCACACCCACAAUCAUGGCUGGCGGUGGUGAUCCCAAGUGGCAAAAGGAUGCGGCCGAUCAGAACUUUGACUACAUGUUCAAGCUGCUCAUCAUCGGCAACUCGAGCGUCGGCAAGACCAGCUUCCUAUUUCGCUACGCGGACGACAGCUUCACAUCGGCCUUUGUCUCCACCGUGGGCAUUGACUUCAAGGUCAAGACGGUUUUCCGCCACGACAAGCGCGUCAAGCUUCAGAUUUGGGAUACGGCUGGGCAGGAGCGUUACCGCACCAUUACCACAGCCUACUACCGCGGCGCCAUGGGUUUCAUUCUGAUGUAUGAUGUCACCAAUGAGGACAGCUUCAACUCUGUGCAGGACUGGGUGACACAAAUCAAAACGUAUUCGUGGGACAACGCUCAGGUCAUAUUGGUGGGCAACAAAUGCGACAUGGAGGACCAGCGCGUAAUCAGCUUCGAGCGCGGUCGCCAAUUGGCCGAUCAGCUGGGCGUCGAGUUCUUCGAGACAUCGGCCAAGGAGAAUGUGAAUGUUAAGGCUGUUUUCGAGCGCUUGGUCGAUAUUAUAUGCGACAAGAUGUCCGAGAGCCUGGACGCGGAUCCCACGUUAGUCGGCGGCACACAGAAGGGGCAGCGCUUGACGGACCCGACGCAGGGCACGCCCAAUACCAAUUGUAAUUGUUAAACACGACACAUGUAGCCGAUGUUAUAGACAAACUAACUAGCCUAUAUACGACACUUACACACUCACACACACACACACACACACACACACACACACACACACAUACACUCCCAUAACACGCAGUCAGUUACAAUUUGAAGUUAGCAAAGGUUUAUAAUCGCAGAGAAAUGCAAAACCUUUAGGCAAAAGAACAUAAUUAAUAUAUAUACACAUAUGUAUAUUAUAUUAUAAUUAUAUUAUAAUAUUAUAUUUAUAAAUGAUUUGCGUUGUCGCUCCGUGUAAAUGUCAAGUUAAUAUGUGCAUGAAUACUUAUAUUAAUCAGUGUUUCAGUCAUUUGUUGAACUUGUAUUGGGCAUUAGAGCAAAGAAUUUACGAAAGAAUUACGGAUCGAAGUGAAACCAAAUCGGAAUACUGCAUAAUUUAUGCAAAUGAAUAAUACGAAAUGUUUGUUUUCAGUGUGCUUCGAAAGAUGUUGCUAAUUUGUCAAUGUGUUGUGUGUAAAUUGAUAACGAUACCGAUUACGAUACCGAUAACGAUAACAAUUACGAUAAUGUUAACGAUAACAAUAACUCAUGUCUAAGUGCAAAAUGCAAAUGUUGCAUUCAGUUAUGCACUUAUUAAAUAUGCACAUUUUGUGCUGUAUUUUCCUCGAAUUUUCCAUUUCCAUGUCCUCUUCGUUUUUCUUUCCUCCUAAGCUUAACUUCGAUUUCUAAACAGUAUUUCAUACAUUUGAUUCGUAACGUACUUUUAGCUAAGCAAACUCUUGAAUGUUUUUUAAUGUACAUACGCUGGCAGCAAGUUUACCGUUAGAGAAAAUAUGCUUGGAAAACUUUUGAACAAUGAAAAUUGUUCAAAAGGAAAGGACAAGCGAAAUAGCAGCAAAAACGCACAAAGCUAGCGAAUCGGUGAAAUUAAACAUAAAUAUACACAUGCAUACAUAUAAACAGUAUCUAUUAUCUAACUAGUACACACACACUUACACACACACACACACACACAUAAAAAGGCUCUAGUCAAAGGUCAUUAUUAUAAUUAUAAUUAUUAUUAUGUAUGUAUGUAUUUAUGUAGUGAAAUGAACAAUUUUAAUGUGUUGCAUAUUAUAAAUGGAAAUUAUACAUAUAUAAAUAUACAUAUAUACCACAUAUAUAUAUAAAAGAAAAUGAAGAAAAGAAAACCCUCAACCGAACGGCAUCAAAUUUUUGAUUUAUUGAUUUCCUUUUUAAAGAGAAAAUAUCUUGUUUUCAAGCAGAUCUGAAGAGCUGUUAGCUAGUUGGUUAGCUGAGCAUAUGCCCUUUGUGGCCAAGUCUGACAAUAAACGAUUGCAAAAAAUAUGCUUUACGAAAAGUGGAAAAAGUGGAAAACUGCAAACAUUUUCUCAACGCACAAAGUUAUGAUUUUCUUUCGUUUUGAUCUCUAUUUGCAUUUUCAGCUAAUUAACAAAUUGACAAUUAAGAAUUGAACCCACCGUGCGAGACUGCACAGUGCAACAAAACACAGAGAAAUCGGUGCAUUUAAUUUAAAUUAACUACACUCAACUAAACUUCUAUUUUGCUAUGCACACAAAAUAAAGUUUUCGUUUUUGAAUAAUCUUUGAAAGGAAAGGCCGUGUUUUAAUUUAAUGGAAAAAAAAACAACUUGAAAUUGAGAAAUUCUUAAGCUGCCUUCGCAACAAUUGAAUAAAUUAAUUGAAUGCCAGCUGACUUUGAGAUAUGAUUAUAUAUUAUUAUAUUAUUAUGCAUGUAUAAAUAAUGAAAAACAAAUUUGUAUAGCUAAAAGAAAAAGAAAAA